GCUUUUAAAUAUCUCCAAACUUUCCAAAUCCUCUACCCAAAACUCCAUCUUUGAACUUCAUCUACAAACAUGGAUGGAAUGAAACCCGCCGAGCUGGUCGCAAAUUUCAGAAAAUUCGAUCUCGCCCAAACACGUCAAGCAAUGUCAACCUUCCAAGCACAAAGCGAUAUAAUUGCCAGUGAUUUAACGAAAGCGAGGAAAUUAAUUUACGAUAUCGAAGAGCAACUUCGAUUGUGGGUUGACGGAUAUGAACGAUCUUCUCAUAGAUCAAGGCAGAAAAUGGAGCCAGAGAUCCGUAGAUUGUUGAAAAACGGCGAAAAUGCCUUGCUGGAGUUGAAGAAACGUCAAGAGGUUCUUGAGAAGGCAGAAAAACGUGGCAUUGCUAUUGAUGAGUUGUUGAGAAAGCAUUUGAAGAGCUUGCUGGAGAGAGAGAUGGGACAAAAUGCAUGAGGAACAGACAGAUCCAAAGAUCUUAAGUGGGGGCAAAUGAUUCAGCUUGCGGGUGGAAAUCAUGGUCAUUGCAGUGCAGAAAGGGGAGGUUAAAGUUAGCAACUAUGCAUGGCCGCUCAAGGACCACGUACUUGACUAGAUUACUUCGAAUGUAGAUCAAUACUUCCA